AUGGUCCAUCUUUCGUCGGUCGCCAAAGAGUCUCACGGGCACCGCCACCGGCGGGAGGAGCGCGAAGCUCAGGCAUCCGAGACGUCGCCCUAUAUCUAUGGAACUCACUAUGCGGUCGAGGAGCUGCCCGAGCAUGUGAUGUCGGAGCAUGAGAUGCCGGCAAGUGUUGCUUAUCGGAUGAUCAAGGAUGAGUUGAGUCUCGAUGGGAACCCGCUGCUCAACCUGGCAAGCUUUGUCACAACCUACAUGGAAGACGAAGUGCAAACCCUCAUGUCGGACGCGAUGAGCAAGAACUUCAUCGACUACGAGCAGUACCCGCAAACGGCACACAUCCAGAACCGCUGUGUCAACAUGAUAGCUGGUAUCCUCCAUGCACCCACGACAGGAGAAGAGGGGUCCGAACAAGACGCCAUUGGCACCUCGACGGUCGGGUCCUCGGAAGCGAUCAUGCUCGCCAUGCUGGCGAUGAAGAAGCGAUGGCAGAACAAACGGAAGGCCGCGGGAAAGGACUGGUCGCGUCCGAAUAUUAUCAUGAACAGCGCGGUGCAGGUAUGCUGGGAAAAGGCCGCCCGCUAUUUCGAAGUCGAGGAGAAGUAUGUCUACUGCACCGAGACACGAUACGUCAUCGACCCCAAAGCUGCGGUCGAGAUGGUGGAUGAAAACACGGUCGGAAUUUGCGCCAUCCUGGGCACCACCUACACUGGACAGUACGAAGAUGUCAAGGCCAUCAAUGACCUGCUUGUAGCCAAAAAUAUCGACUGCCCGAUCCAUGUGGAUGCCGCCAGUGGCGGGUUUGUCGUUCCAUUUGUGAAGCCCGAGUUGGAAUGGGACUUUCGGUUGGAGAAAGUGGUCUCAAUCAAUGUCUCAGGACAUAAAUACGGACUGGUUUAUCCCGGUGUGGGGUGGGUCUUCUGGCGUGCCCCGGAGUAUCUGCCCAAGGAGUUGAUCUUUAACAUCAACUACCUAGGCACCGAUCAGGCCAGCUUUACCUUGAACUUCUCCAAGGGAGCCUCGCACGUCAUUGGUCAAUAUUAUCAAUUGAUUCGAUUGGGGAAGCAUGGCUAUCGAUCGAUUAUGACCAAUUUGACCCAGAUCGCCGACUACCUGGCCACUCAACUGGGAGAGCUCGGCUUUAUUAUCAUGAGCGAAGGGAACGGUCGCGGCCUCCCACUGGUGGCGUACCGAUUACCCGAGCAGGAGGGUCGUCUCUACGAUGAAUUUUCAGUCGCCCAUGUGCUGCGGCGGCGGGGUUGGGUGAUUCCGGCGUACACCAUGGCACCCAAUUGCAAUGGAUUGAAGAUGAUGCGGAUUGUGCUGCGGGAAGACUUCAGUCUGCAUCGCUGUAACUUGCUGGUUGAAGACAUUCGCCAGGCGCUCAAGUCGCUCGAGGAGAUGGAUGAGACCAUGAUCCAACGAUACAGCACGUAUGUUCAGACGCAUGCAACUCGCGGGCCUCAAGGGCACCCAGUCUACAAGCAAGAAAAACAUUCACUCCAGGGUAAAACCGGAAAAACGCACGCUGUGUGUUGAGCGAGUGAGUGGAUCAUCAUCGGGCUUUGUGCGCCAAUUGAGUUUUGCGACCGGUGACAAGUCAAGUAUACAUAGCUCAGUCCGCCAUAGGGACUUCGUAUUUGCUAAAAAGCCAAAACACCUCAAUUGUCAGAGUUCAAGUCAUCGUUCAAUGUACUGUGUCUUACACACUUUUGUCGGGCUGGAUCGAUUUGUGGCGAGUCAGAAUAGCAUACAUAGCAUGCAAUGGGUGCAUAGGUCGAAUGCAUCCCGCACCAACCCGAGCGGCGAACCCGUGCUCGCCGACGUCAAUUCUGCACCUCUGCUGCAGUUGUUU